UUUAGUCUCGGUUUUAUACCCAUCCGCUCCAGUUAGUUCUGCAUUUCUUUUGGUUGUGUUUCUUGUUACGGAAUAAAUAACGUAUUUUGAACAAAACACCAUGAAAGUAGAUAUUAAAAACGUGUUGAUUUGCGAUGCCGUUGACGGCGCUUGUGUGGAUCUUUUAAAGAAAAAUGGAAUUAAUGUGGAAUAUAAAUUAAAAUUGCCGGCAGAUGAACUUUGUAAAGAAAUUAAAAACUAUGACGCAGCUAUAGUACGAUCGGAUACUAAGAUCACUGCCCAAGUUUUAGAUGCCGGUAAGGGCAGCUUAAAAGUAGUAGGCCGAGCUGGAGCAGGAGUAGAUAAUAUAGAUGUGCAAGCAGCCACUAAAAAUAACGUCAUUGUAUUAAACACUCCUGGUGGAAAUUCAAUUUCAGCAUGCGAAUUAACUUGCGUCCUUAUCGGCGCUUUGGCAAGACCCGUAACACCAGCUGCACAAAGUAUGAAAGAGGGCCGUUGGGAUAGAAAAUUAUACACGGGCACCGAGUUGUAUGGAAAAACAUUGGCCAUUUUAGGUUUAGGUCGCAUAGGACGGGAAGUUGGUAUACGCAUGAAGGCAUUUGGUAUGAAAAUUAUUGGCUAUGAUCCCAUUACCACCGUCGAGGAAGCUAAAGCUGUGGGUAUAGAAAAACUGAGUUUAGAAGAAAUUUGGCCAUUAGCUGAUUACAUUACAGUCCAUACUCCUUUAAUACCGGCUACUAAAGAUUUAAUAUCCUCUCAAAGUUUGUCAAAAUGUAAAGCCGGUGUAAAAGUAGUGAAUGUGGCCCGUGGUGGCAUUGUGGACGAGAAAGCUGUUUUAGAAGCUUUAGAAUCGGGUCAUUGCGGUGGUGCGGCCUUUGAUGUUUAUCAAGAAGAGCCGCCGAAAUCGGAUGUAGCGAAAAAACUGAUCAAUCACCCUAAAGUAGUAGCCACACCGCAUUUGGGUGCCAGCACGACUGAGGCACAAGUUCGUGUAGCCGUUGAAGUCGCCGAACAAUUUAUCGCUUUAACUGGGAAAUCAAAAACUUAUACCACCUACCCAGGAGUUAUUAAUCGAGAAGCCUUAACUUUUUAUCAGUGAAUGGGCGUUUUUCUUACGUUGAUCCAUAGUAAACAAAAAUUAGAUUUCAUAUUGCUUUCGCUAACAUAUUCAUAUAAAGCCAUACAAAGAAU